AUGAAACUUUCGAUUUUCGGGCGAUCGGUUACCAAAUCUAGACUUCACAUUAUCAUCGGUGGACUGGUCUUUCUUGUCUUUAUUUUGACAGUUGCACGCUUGGCCGUCAAAGGAACACCAUCAACCAGAGCGAAUACAUGGGGAAUCGCGGUGGGGAGUACGAAAGCAAAUAUGAUCUUAAACAUUGUGGACACUAUUUUCUGGCUUGCACUGUUUAUUAUCACAAUCAUGGGGUCGAUAGGGGCCGCUAGCGAGGCUAGUCGCGCGUUAGGCGGCAUCAUAGCCACGUUGGCUGCUACGUUACUGUGA